GCUUAUGCAUCUGGGUGUGACGUGGUGAUUCUCGGAAGUGAUUUUGAGAGGCUACAAGUGAUCCCUGGAGUUCAGCAUGGAAAUGUUCUGGUUGGCUGCGUGGACUGUUCUAUGCAACAGGGCAGGAUUGCGGCUUCCUAUGGCAAUGUGAUUUGCAUCUUUGAACCUGUGAAUCUGUUGAAACAAAAAAGCUCACAGUUACAAGGAAGUCGCACACAGUGGCAGAAGAGUGGCCACAUAGUAUUGGAUUCUGUUGCACAUAAUUUAACUUGGGACCCAGCAGGAACACGCCUACUAAUUGGAUCAAGCAGCCUACAGCUAUGGUCCAGUACUUCUUUGGAAAAGCUAUCCAAUGAGGACUGUCAGGAAAACACAGAUACAGACUUUGCAAACUGGAAAUGUGUCUGGCAGUGCAGAACAGCGUUUUCUGUACAUUUAAUGAAAUUUUCCCCAGAUGGAGAAUUUUUUGCUACUGCUGGAAAGGAUGACUGCCUGGUUAAGGUUUGGUACAAUACUGAAAGCUGG